AUCAAAUCACAUGGGCUGUUAGAAAUUGAUUCUGUAACAUAUGAUGAAUGACACGUCAGAAUGUUAAUUGUUAUCAAGUUGCUGUUCAUCUAGAAUUAAGAGAUUUCGUUCUUCAGAAUUAUAUAGUGUUUCCAUGCUGUAAAGAAUGCCACUGGAAGGACUUGUAGCUGUAACAGGAGGAGCUGGCUAUGUUGGGUCUCAUGUUCUUGUAGAAUUGCUUGAGGAAGGUUACCGUGUCUUGGUCAUUGAUAGGCUUGAUAACGCUAAAAGAGAGACUUUAGGACAAGUAGAAAAAAUAACUGGGAAACCAAUACAAGCUUACAAUGUUGAUAUUACAGACAAGGAGGAGCUUCGACAGAUCUUUAUAGAGAACGAGGUAUCUUGUGUGGUGCAUCUAGCGGCAAUGAAAAUACACUCAUUGUCAACACGUAUGCCACUAAGCUAUUACAGAAACAACGUGGGAGGACUGAUAACUCUUCUAGAGGUAAUGAAAGAAGCGGAGGUGUAUAAUUUGAUAUAUGCCAGUUCAGUUGCUGUGUACGGGAAUCCUAAAUAUUUGCCAUUCGAUGAACAACACAGGGCAGGAGUCGUGAGUGAUCCGUACAGUAGGACCAAAUAUUUUUGUGAAGAAAUUUUGAAGGAUGUUAGCUCGGCAGAGAAGGUCUGGUGUAUUGUCACUUUACGUCUUUUUAACCCAGUCGGCGCCCACUGUUCUGGUCUCAUUGGAGAAAUCAUGACAGAAAACCCGCCAAACCUGAUACCAAAUAUCGCAAAAACUGCACUUGGAAGGCGAAAAGAAUUUAUCAUAUAUGGGGAUAAAUACAAAACAAAAGACGGAACAGGUGAGAGAGAUUACACACAUGUCGUUGAUAUCGCUAAAGGUCAUGUUGCUGCCAUAAAGAAGAUGAAAACGGGAUCAGGUUUGAAGGUUUACAACUUGGGGUCUGGAAAGCCCUGUUCUGCACUUGAUAUGGUGAAAAUGUUUGAAAAGGUGUCUGGAAAACCAAUUCCAUACACAUUUGAGGAACCUAGAUCAUAUGACACACCGACAACUCGGGCAGAUGUGUCUUUGGCAAGAAAAGAACUGGGAUGGACGGCCAGUUUAGAAAUAACACGCAUAUGUACAGACGCAUGGAGAUGGUAUGCCAACAAUCAGACGGAACGAGUUACCAACAACUGAAAUAUUAUACCUUUUCUGUUUUCAUUUUUAUUACUGAGGGGUUUGAAUAUUAUGUUUAUAUACAGUUACGUAGAUUAAAUGUAUUAAAAU